AUGAAAACGAAUAACUAAGCUUCUAACUCAAAUAACUUCAAACUUAGAAUUUUCUUGAAAUCCUAAUCCAAGGGAGAGUCCUCAUCCUUAUAUCCAAUUUUAGAUUCCUAGAAAUAAGUUUUUGGUGAGGAUGAGAAAAAUCAUAAAAAACCAGAACCAUUAAUUAUAUAUGAAGAUAUAUCUGAUAGGUAAAAGUCUACUACUGCUUCAUCAAGUUCUUCACAUUUAAAGAAAAUAACUAAGAGGAUAACUUAGUCAAUAGACUAAGAGGUAAGUCCAGAUAAUCAAUUCACCUUCUACUAAAUAAUUGAUAAUUAUUAUCAACAACAAAUAAAUUUACCGAUCAAGAAAGAUAGAUAUGGUUCUCAAGAAAAAACCACAAAAAAAAUUUAAAGAUUAUAUACAGAACAAAGUGAAUUUAAAUCAAACUAAUAAAGACCCUUAAAAUUACAUUUAACUUAAUUCAAAGAACAAUAUAAAUAGGAAAUUACUAGUGUAAAAGAAAAGCUAAUAAAUUAAUGCAAAAGAAAGUAUAAAAAGUAUCCAACUAUUCUGAAUUGA